UCGUUGCAAUGAACUCUACUCUCGUGAUUCUACUCAUCUCAGCACUGGGUUUGGUCCAGGCCAACACCCUCCGUGGAUCUAAGGAGGAGGAUAGUUCUGGAAUGCAGGAGUACAUAGUGUCCCUGGAUCAUCCGCAUUCUCCUCGGUGGCCCUGCGAAGUGGCCCACUAUCCCGAGGCCUAUGUCCUAAUGCACAAGGUGGAUAAGCGACUGGAACGGAUUGACAGCGAGGACACUAAAGCUAGGAUCACGAACUACGCAGCGGGACUGUUGAGGCAGUGCAUCCUGGACGAGCAAAUGGAUGAGCAUUGCGUGAAACGUUCGAUUGGUUUUACCAUGUCGUUCAUUCAUCACCAAAGGAGGCAGGAGAAUCGGUUGUAAGAUAUCUACUUGUGCGUGACAAAAUAAACUGCGAGCAUUGACUUGAAAA